AGGUAGGUAUCAACUGCAACCAGAGUUGCAUUGGAGCGCAAUGAGGAUACGGAGAGGGGCCGGCAGCGGCGGCGUCCUCCUCCUCGCGUUGGUGGUGUUGCUCGCCCUGCAGACCCCGGCGUCGGCUGACAAGAAGCUCUAUGUGAUCUUCUUCCAGAACUUUCCGAACAACCCUUCCGCUCUGCUCGGAACAAUCACCACUGACUUCAGCAUCCUGUACGAUUACAGCCCCAUCCGCGGCCUCGCGCUGCAGAUCGACGAGGGCGUGCUAACGCUCCUCGAAAAGCUCCCCGGAGUGUUGAAGGUGAUCCCAGGCAGGCUGCUGCAAUUCCGAACCACGCACUCGUGGGACUUCCUCGGCCUCGCGGAAAACGGCCAGGGAACCCCCGCGUCCGCAUGGUCGUCUGCCAAGUUUGGUGCGGACACAAUCAUCGGCAACAUCGACACUGGCGUAUGGCCGCAAUCCCAGAGCUUCCAAGACGAUGGCCUUGGCGCCCCCAAGGAUUGGCGUGGCAUCUGCGACAAAGGCUGCGACACGACCUUCCAGUGCAACAACAAGCUGAUCGGCGCAAGGUUCUUCAGCGCGGGUCUCCAGGCGGAGCUCUCGCGACCCGGCGACCAAGGCAAGCUGCCGAGCAAGGAGGACCUGUCCUCGCCGCGGGACUACCUGGGGCACGGCGCGCACACGCUGUCCACCGCGGGCGGCUCCUUCGCCCGGGGCGCCGGCGUCUUCGGCCACGGGGAGGGCACGGCCGCGGGCGGCGCCCCGCGGGCGCGCGUGGCCGCGUACAAGGCGUGCUUCGCGCCCGGAUGCUCCGACAUCGACGUCCUCGCGGCCGUGCUCGCCGCGGUGGCGGACGGCGUGCACGUGCUCUCCCUCUCCCUCGGGCCGGAGGUUGCCUCGGACUACGUCUCGGACCUGAUCGCCGUCGGCACCUUCUUCGCGGUCCAGAGCGGGGUCACAGUCGUGUGCGCCGCCGGCAACUCCGGCCCGCAGCCGGGCACGGUGACCAACGUGGCCCCGUGGAUGUUCACGGUUGGUGCCAGCACCAUGGACAGGGACUUCCCGGCUUACGUCAGAUUCGGCGACAACCUCGCCAUUAAGGGGCAAAGUCUUGGGGCCAGUACUCUGCCCCUCGGCCAGGCGUAUCCAAUAAUCAGCGGGGAGACUGCCAACGCCGCAUACCAGCCUACCAGCAACUCGUCGCUGUGCUUGGCUGGCUCCCUGGACCCUGCCAAAGUGACGGGCAAGAUCGUCGUCUGCGUCAGAGGAGUGAACGGCAGGGUCGAGAAGGGGCUCGUUGUCAAGCAGGCGGGCGGCCUCGGCAUGGUCCUCUGCAACGACGCCGGCUCCGGGGAUUCCGUGCUCGCGGACCCGCACCUCGUCGCGGCGGCUCACUGCUCCUACUCGCAGUGCGUCCAGCUCUUCAAGUACCUCCACUCUACCAACAAUCCGUCGGGCUACAUCAAUGCAACUGACGCGAGUUUUGGUGUCAAGCCGGCGCCGGCGGUGGCAGACUUCUCAUCGCGAGGGCCAAACCCCAUCACUCCUCAGAUCCUCAAGCCCGACAUCACGGCACCAGGCGUCAGCGUGAUCGCCGCGUACAGCGGCGCCGUCUCGCCGACGGAGCUGCCGUUCGACGACCGCCGCGUCGACUACAACAUCAUGUCCGGCACAUCCAUGGCGUGCCCCCACGUCUCCGGCAUCGUCGGCCUGCUCAAGACCAAGCACCCCUCGUGGAGCCCCGCCAUGAUCAAGUCGGCGAUCAUGACCACCGCGACCACCGUGGCCAACGAUGGCAACCCGAUCCCGGACGAGACCGGCGCGGAAGCCACGCCGUUCAGCUACGGCUCCGGCCACGUGAACCCUGUCAGCGCCCUGGACCCCGGCCUGGUUUACGAUACCACCCUGGCCGACUACACCAACUUCCUCUGCUCGCUGAAGCUCACCCAGAACCCGCUCCAGGACCUCCAGGGCAACCUUCCGGUCGGCCUCCCGAACCUCCCCGUCAACGUCUCGGUCCCCGUCGACCUCCUCCUCCCACUGUUCGACGCCGCCGGCGAGCCGUGCGUGUGCAGCAAGAGCCAGGGCCCGUACGGCCGCCCCGAGGACCUGAACUACCCGUCCAUCGCCGUGCCCUGCCUGUCCGGCUCCGGCAGCACCACGGUGAGGCGCCGGGUGAAGAACGUCGGCGACGCGCGCAGCGUGUACAGGGUCACGGUGACGGAGCCGGCGGGGGUCAAGGUCACGGUGGUGCCGGGCGAACUCGAAUUCUUCGGGACCGGAGAGGAGAAGGAGUUCACGGUGACGCUGGACGUCGUCGACGCCGCGGCGGCUAGCGACUACGUGUUCGGCAGUAUCGUGUGGUCGGACGCGAACGGGUUCGACGCGUACGGCAGGCCGGACGCGAACAGGGGGCAUCGCGUCCGGAGCCCCAUCGUGGUUAAGACGAAGUGCGGGUAGCAUGUACCAGUAGCAGAGCAAGAGAAGCAUAUUUGAAAGGAGAUGCAGGUCACGUAGUCUCCCCGCAAAGGAAAAAAAAAGGUCGUGUAGUCACCAACAAAUGCUGAAGCAGUUGGUAAGCUGUUAAACAGGUUACAAGUGUUAAUGGAAAACGAAGUUUUCUGAAUGAUUGAAUAAGUUCCAGUGGUUUGAUUGAGAACCAUCUUCGAGUGAGGUUUGUAGAGUUGAGGACAAAUGUUUGGUUUUGUAUGUAGUUAAAGUUGAAAAACUAUGAUGCAACCUUUACUCAGA